ACUCCUUCGAAAUUGAGAGUCCUUGAGUAGCUCUUUUUUUUGACAGACAAAAAAAACAAGCAGAUUUAUGGCUUUUAAGGAGAAUCGACCGAAAAAAUUGCUUCUUAUUUUGUUGGAUGGAGUAAGAUGGGAUUAUGAAAAAAAAUUUAAUAUGAAAAGUUUGCAAAGAAUACGUGAAAUUGGAUUUUCAGUAGAUAUGCUCCAGCCUUGCUAUCCGUCCAUGUCGGCUCCAAAUUAUUAUAGUGCCACGACAGGAAAACAUCCUGGAAACCAUGGGCUUAUAAACAAUACAAUGUUUGAAGAAGAGAAAAAUAUCGAAUUUAGAGCUUUCGUUAAUCCACCAGAUCCGAUUUGUUUAGACGAAAUGUGGUGGAGUGAAGCUGAGCCGUUAUGGAUUUCAGCCACAAAGAGCUCGUUAAGGGUUCAUAUGUAUCGUUGGUUUGGAAGUACUGUUGCUAGAAAUGAUGUUGUCCCGGUGCUUUCUUCGGAAUAUAUCGAUGGCUAUCCUAUAUGCCAUAUGCAAAAUGACUUACUAAAAGCGUUAGACUUAUUUGUAAAUGAUAGUUCCGAUUUUAUUGGUUUCUACGUAGGAGCUACAGACGAUGCUGGACAUUUUCAUGGUGUAGAGAGUGAAAUAACUGAAAAAACUUGUAGAAUUGUUGACGAAAACCUGCUUGAAUUAUUGGAUAUCUUAGAUACAAAAAAGAACAAAUACGAUAACCUAUUGAAAGACGAAGUAAAUGUGGUGAUCUUCUCUGAUCAUGGAAUGACUCAACUGAAUUCUGAAAAAACUGUAAACAUUUAUCAAAUACUCUCAAAAAUCGAACACCUGAACGUUCACAAAAGAGAAGAUAUUCCGGAAAGAUUUCAUUAUGGACAACAUCCAAGGGUUGGCGACAUAUUUGCCUACACUGAUUUACCUUAUGUCUUUUAUAACCCAGAGAAAAAACUAAACGGAAAUCAUGGAUUCGAUAACGCAGAGAAGGACAUGCAAGGAAUUUUUUACGCUUUUGGACCAGAUAUUAUAGAAAAUGGAAAAACAACAAAGGCAUCGAUGGUGGAUAUUUACCCUCUGCUAUGCCAACUACUGAAAAUAAAAAUCUUUGAUUGUGACAGCGAAUCUGAAGCACUUUUGGCUGCAUUGAAAUAA